GAUUGACCCAAGCGCCGGGCCAACGGGCGAGAUUCCUGUUUGAAUCCUGUCGCUAGGCUGGAGUCGACAGACGCAACGCCCAGUGUUUGCUAGGGAACAGCAAGUAACAACUUAAAGCUCUCUCUCUCUCUGUGUGUGUGUGUGAGAGAGAGAGGGACAGCUCUCAGGCUGCUGGCAACUUCAACACCUCAGCAGCAAACCACAAAGUCUUCUCCUCCACAAGUCACAUUCCAGGAAACAGCAGCUACCCAGAAAGUUAUCUCUUCUCUCCGCCUUGACAAUUUUGCUGGUUACAAUUCAAAAACAAACAUUGUUGCACCGAGACUUCCCCCCCCCCCCUCUUUUCUUACUGAUGGCGUCUCAGCAAUCUCGAAUUCAAACCUACCUGGAGAAGAACAAGAUCGGUUCCCUGUUCGAGGAAAUGAUGACAAAGCUGAUAACAGAGACACCAGACCAGCCAAUUCCGUUUUUAAUAAGUCACUUACAAAAUAAACAGGGAAGUUGCAGUCAGCUUUCAAGAACACUUUCAGGCUCAGCUGCUCUGUGGGCUGAAACAGAAAACAAAGGGUCACGGCGAGAUUGUAGAAGUUACGACAAACCAUGGCUAAUAAAUGCCAAAAAACCAAAGAAGUCUAAGAGUGACCUUGCUGUCUCCAACAUAUCACCACCAACACCAGAAUCAAAGUCCUUGCCAAGGUCAAUAGAACAGGCAACGUGGGAAUGGAGAACCAAACCUGAAAGUCAGACCUUCGAUGAAUUGAAUCACAUUCUUCAGGAAAGCAAGAAAUUAGGCAAGGCCCUAGAGAGCCUGUCUCAGAGUAUUGCGACUGACGAAUUUGAUCAGGAUCUACGGGCUUAUGGUUCAUCACUCGUCAGGCCGAGAGUGGUUGGAGAGUGGGUUGGCCGUGAGGAGACUGAUGCCGAUCCAUUGGCUGCUGAGAUGCUGCAACCCCCAGUACCCAGAGUUCACGAUGCACAUGAAGACAGCCAAAGCCUGUCUAGCCCGAGACUUGAGCAGAAGAGUAAAGGCUUAAGGCAACAGCAGCAGCAGCACAAGAAACUCCUGGCUGCAAUGUUGUCCCAGGAAUCCUUUGACUCUGUGCCCAGCACUGCACCAUCAGUGGCAGAUGAAGACAUUGAGGAUGAGGACGAUGCCAUGGAGUUACUGGAAGACUUGGAUGACUUGAGGAUGGAAGGCAUCACUGACCACGUCCCUUCAGGUAGCCGGUUUAGUCAAGGUCGAAGUUUGUAUUUUGCAGAACCUCAAGCUAAAGUAAUACUCAACAUCUGCUCAAGGUGUGCCAGGUUCCAGGGAAAUAGUUUAAAUGAAGAAUCUGACAAUGGAUCCCAAGUGUCACACUCCCCUGAGCAAGCAGUUCCUGAGUCCCAGGCAGUGUCUCCAUUGCUUGGGGUGGAAAGAGUGAUGCAAGAUGAAGACGAAUUUGAGAGUGCUUCUCAAGUGUCAGGCCCUCGCCAGCCAUUCUGGGAAUCCUGUCUACCUCCUGGCCAAAGUGGAGGAUCUUUGAGUCAGAAACAGCCAAAAGAUUUAAUGGCCUCAAAAGAAAUGUUAUCCGUGGAGAAACAUCUCACUGAACCUGACAAAGAUUGCGCUGCAAAAACAUUAACAGUGGAAUCUGAAAUGGGAAGCAGUUUGGAUAUGCAAAGUAAGUCACCCAUGUCAAAUUACCAUGGAGAUCUGUCGCAGACAGUACUGGGCCAAACCUUGCGACCUCAGACACCAACGAGUCUUUUUGGGAAAGAGAUUCCGCCUUGGAGCCAAAGAGGUAAAUUACCACAGAGCUCCAGUCCCCAGAACAGCAGAGAUGGGAUUCCUAACAACCAGUAUAACAGACCUCAAACAUCAUUAACUCAAGGAAGUCGUCCUGCAACAUCUAACAGUCAAUUGUAUCAAACCACACGUUCCAGCAAUCCUGGCAAUAAAGAAGUCUUCAACAAUCCAAAUAGAAUGGCAUUGCCUAUCAGUCAUACUGGAAGAAGACUUAGUUCUCCAGUUAACCAGGCUGGCAAAACUGCUGAGAGUCCUUUGCAAAGGAGCCAUUUGUCUGAGCUGUUGGUUACUCAUCAGCCAUGGACGUUACCAAGUGACACUGAGAGUGAAGGUGUGGAUCAAGAGCAGGACGAGGGUUUAUAACUUAAAGCAGCGACCUCCAAGAUAGACUCAACACCUGAUUAUGCAAUUGAAGACAAAGGGAUAAUUUUUAAUAUCUUCGGUAUAUUGAACUGAAACAAAAGAAUUUUUAUAUUUUUAUAAUUACAAUCACUGUUGAUGAGGCAUUACAUACUAAAUAUGAUAAUAGAAUAUUGCUUUGCACUUAUUAUGACCUGUCGCAGUAAAUCACUGAGAUCAAGUAAAAUAAAGUGUAAAAUUGUGUUAGACAGGUCAUGUAUCUACUUUGGGGAAAUUUUAACAUUUAGUUAUGAUGGCACUAUAGUUAGCACUGCUGCUUCAGAGUACCAGGGACCUGGGUUCAAUUCUAGCCAUGGGUCUGUUUGUGUGGAGUUUG